AUGGUCGUGGCGGAAAUCCUGGCCAACCAACUUGUAGUCAUCCUCAACAAGAUUGACAUGCUUCCUGCGGAAAAGCGCAAGAAGAUUCUCGACAAAGUCAUCAAAGAGCUGCGAAAAACCUUCGCGCGGACGAAGUUCGGGGAGGACCUGCCCUUUGCAUGUAUCUCAGCACACCCCCAGGAUGGUGCUGCGCCCUUGGGUGCCGAUGAUCUCAUCAAUGUGAUUAAGAACACCCUUGCGAUACCUCAACGAGACCCAUCUGGGCCCUUCAUGUUUGCCUUUGACCACGCGUUUGCCAUCAAAGGUCAAGGAACAGUGCUCACAGGUACGGUCCUGUCGGGGGCGGUGAAGCCGCAGAUGGGCAUCGUGGUUCCACAGUUGGGCGAGGCGGGGAAAGGAAAGAAGGUCCGCAGUCUCCAGAUGUUCCGGCAGCCUGUGCAAGAAGCUAUCCAAGGUGAUCGCGUUGCCAUGUGCGUGGCCGCUUUGGAUGCCAAGGAGCUGGAACGUGGCAUCGUCCUAGGGGAGAAGUUCCCUGUUCCCAUGCUAGAUGCUGCUGUAUGUGUAGUUGACAAGAUCAGCUACUUCAAAAGUGUGGUGAACACCAAGUCGAAGUUUCAUGUGACUUUGGGUCAUCAAACCGUCAUGGCCACAGCCCACUUCUUUUGCCCCUUCCCGGGGUCCAGCAGCUCAAGCUCCGCACCUGGGGCAAGGAAGGAGACAGCUCCGAAAGCCAAGACGGAGACCAAAGGCUAUCCAGGCUCCAAGGGCCCCACCCUUGCCAUGGGUUUGGAGCUCGUCGAGGCAAAACAAGUGGCCAACGAGCUUCGACUUCUCUCAGAGCUAUUUACACGUGGAUGA